GGGUCAAAUAUAAUUUGUAGGAUUACAUUAUUCUCCCUUUCACAUUUAGCAGGUCUUCGACAAUGGCGAACGAAGAGGAGAGACUUUUAGAAACUCAAAUAGAGCUUCAAUUAUACGAACAAAAGGAAUCACUUUCUGCUAUUCAAGACGCCUUGACCUUCGAUUCCUUAAAUUCUGAGCUUCUUAGUGUCCAAGACGAGCUUGUUUCUUCCAUUAAAGAUGCAGAGGAAGGACUUUUUCACCUAAAACGUGCCCGGCUGUUACGUGAAGUUGAUUCAGCUGUGCAGGACUCUAUAUAUUCCCAUAAAGACGCUGCGGUCGAGCUUAUAAAUCCAGCAAAGUUGGGUGGUUCCCAACUUCCGUGCGAAGACUUAGAGGUAGAACCAUUAGAUUCUACUAAUGUUGAGGCAGAAAUAUUGGGAGACCCAAGUUAUUUUAUUGGAUCAAAAUGUAGAUUCCGCCACACCGAUGGGCGUUGGUAUAAUGGUCAAAUUGUUCAGUUGGAUGGUUCUUCUUCCGCCAGAGUUUCUUUCCUCAAUCCAACGUCAGAGAAGAUGAUGAUAUGCAAGUUCUUCCUUCAACAACGAUGUCGAUAUGGUGCUAACUGCCGGUUAUCGCAUGGAACACUAAUGUCCCUGUCUUCCCUGAAGAAGUAUGUGUCACCUAGUUGGGGGCAGCCAUUUGUAGGAGCUAGCAUUUUGGCAGUUUCAGGGAAUGGAGCUAGCAUUUGGAGAGAGGCUGAACUUGAAUCUUGGGACGACAAACUCAAUAAAGGCCUGGUUGUAUUUCGUGACGAUGGAAGCUCAGAGACGGUGGGGGCAGAAGCAAUGUCAUUAUCACAGUAUGCAAAAGGCAGCAAUGAUGAAGAUGGAGAAAGUGAAUAUUCAAAUUCUGAGUACUCAGGUUCAAGCGAUUAUGAAGAUGAAGAUGAUGGUCUGCCACAAGGUUUAGGGUUUGUGGAGAGCACUACCUUGCAGAAGGGGAUCCAGACUGACACAGCAAUAUUUGCCAAGUGGGAGAAUCACACCCGUGGUAUAGCUUCCAAAAUGAUGGCUAAUAUGGGCUUCCGUGAAGGAAUGGGUCUGGGACUAACAGGCCAAGGCAUGGUGAACCCAAUACCCGUGAAAGUGCUACCACCAAAGCAAUCUCUUGACCAUGCCCUGCAGUCUGUCAGGAAUGAGGAGAGAAGUGGGAGUUCUGAAAAGAAUAAAAAACGGAGCCGUGGUGGGAAGAGGAAACGUGAAAGGAAAUUUGCAGAAGCAGUUCGUGUUGCAAAACAAGAGGAACAGAGGCCUGAUGUCUUCAGUCUAAUCAACAGUCAGCUUGCAACACAUGCACAGAUGAUUAACAACAAUAGUAGUACAGUGAAGAAGCAAAAGAGCAAAGAAGCUAAGAAAGAAGAUAGACGGUCAAUUAUUGCUUAUGAGGAGGAGGUGAAGGAGCUGAGGGUUCGAGUGGAAAAGUUAGAGGAUAUGGCAAACCGUAAUAGGAAGGAGAAGGCAGUGUACGAGGCUGCAAUGAGGAAGUUGACAGAGACUCGGAAGGCUUUAUCAGAGGCAGAGGCUAAGCACGCAACGACUUCUAAUGCAGUUGUUAGCAAGGAGAAAGAAAAGAAAUGGCUUAGAUUUUAGGCUUCUACCAUUCAGUUAGUCAUGAAUCCGCUGAAGCUCAAGGCUGGGAGUUGAUGUAUUAUUUGUUAGUAUUGGAUCCUCUAUCAUCACAAAUUGCCACCUUUUUGGAUGGCAUUACAAUUUACAGUGCGAUAUACUACUUCCAUUCCUUGUUAUCUAACCAUUUAACUCAUUCAAGCUAGUCAUAUUGUUUUCAGGAA